AUGUCCUCGGGCACCUCUUUCGCAGAUCUUGCCCACCAGGCUUGGGAUACAGCUGCUUCCGCUACCGGGUUGUCCUCCGUCGGUGAAUAUCUGUACCCUGGUGAGGCAUCAGAAGACGCACCGACAUCGGGCGGAAACCCGACAUCUCAGAAAGAUCAAGACGCCAACCCAUCCGAUGAUGCAACGAAGCAUUCUGAACACCCAGAGAAGCCAUAUCAUGGGGCACCGGGCAAUCAUCCCGACGAUCCGAGGGCUCGCAUCAACCAUCCCGAUGCUGUCAAUGGACACGCAGAUGCAUCAGGUGGCCAAUCUGCAAACGAGCCAAAGGUAGACAACCACGACAACAGCGUCAAGGAGCAGAGUGCACACCAUUCCGCCUCCACCAAGCACCCUCACCUCGCCCACCGAGAGGAUGACAUGGGCCAAUCCAUCAUCGAGCGUGCUCUUGGCGAUGAGGGUCUCACCGCACAGCGACAGGGCACCAUCUACGACAAACAGCUCGAAAACGAGAUGGACGGCUCCUACAAGGACGUCCAAAAGCAGACAAAGCCAGAGGUCUCAGCCGCCGAGCUCGGCGAGCCUGUGCACUCAGAGCGCAACAGGUCAACAGAAAGCCACGACAAAGGUCCCACCGCCGAGCAGAACGAGGAUGCACAUCAGCCCCACGCUGCCAACCGUGGUCCCUCUUGGGCCUCGCGACCAGACGACAAGCAACGCGCCAAAAUCGCAAAGAUGAAGGAAGAGCAGGCAAACGGUACAUGGAAGCGUCGCUUCUCCAGCUUCGGCCCUUCUGCCUCUGACGGAACCUCCACACCUUCCGGCAAGAACAAUGAAGACAAGGAAAAGGACAAGGGCGGCAGUCUUUUCGGUAGCAGAUUUGACUCCGACUCCCCUGCAAGACCCGGUCUCAACAUCUUCAGCUCCAGCAGUGCCAACCGCACCAAGGACCAGAACGGCGAAGCCUCCGCCAACGAAAAGCAACGCCCUCAGUCGGGCUCCAGACCCGAAGCUUCGCGCACCUCGAGUCGAUGGGCUGAGAACUCCAACAAGAUGCGCAAUGCCUUCGAGCCGCCGACGCCCUCCGCUGAAGCCGCUUCCGACGACGCCAACGCGCAGCAGGCAGACCAGGACGACCUGCCGACUCCAGAGCUUUCUCCCGACGACCAGAAGCUCCGGGCCAUCACCAAGAUCAUGCUUGGCUCUGGCAAGCAAAAGCAAGAGCCCACUUCCCCCGAAGCCACCUCCGCUUCCGGCCUCGGCGGGGAGCCGCAAGCGCAGACCAGAUGGGCACAGCUCAAGAAAAAGGUUCGAGAUUCUCAAAAAGCCAAGCGGGAGCAACAGAAGGCGAGCGCCGUCGGUCUCGAUCUCGCCAAAGAACUUCAAACAGGUAUCCUGCCAGUCUUCCUCCUCAAGAUGGCCGUCGAGCGCGACGAAGCCAAGCGUCGUCGUAUCCCCGUCCUGCUCAACCACCUUCGCCUUCGCGUCACGGACAGUGUCAAUCCCAUGCACAACACCCACGCCGUUUUUCGUAUCGAGCUCGAAUAUGGCGACGGUCUCGUCAAAUGGGUCAUUUAUCGCGAGCUUCGCGACUUUAUCAACCUGCACACCCACUACCGAGCCGCAGCGCUCCGAGGCUACCUCGGCAGAUCGAUCGGUGGCAACUCGACCGAAGGUGAUGUAGGUUUGCCCAGCUUCCCCAAGAUGAGCCUGCCUUACUUCAACCAGCUCCAGAGGCAGGGCAAAACCUCGCGAGCCGAUUUUGCUCGAGCACAAAGGGAUGCUUUGGAGAACUACAUCAUAGAGCUGAUCCGACGCACCAUGUUCCGUGCCGAGGCGAACCGCCUCUGCAAGUUCUUCGAGAUCUCGGCGCUCUCAGUCUCGCUCGCCAGCCGCGGCGGACACCAGGGCAAGCAGGGCUACCUCCGUAUCUUGUCGCGCUCGUCUCGUAAGAAGGACCAGAAGAGCAUGCUGACGCCAGCGCGGUGGGCCAAGGCCUACGAGCCCAAGUGGUUCAUCGUUCGCGAGAGCUUCAUCGCCAUCGUCGACGAGCCCGACAGUCUUCAGCUCUACGACGUCUUCCUGAUGGACAACGAGUUCAAGGUCGAGAGACCCAAGCGUCUCUACAAGCAGACCAUGCACAUCGCCCACGGUUUCACUCACAGCGACGAGAAGAAGGGUGCCGGGUUCGAGAGCUCCGAGCAGCCAGAUGCUUCCAAGGGUGCCGAGGGCAAAGAUGCUUCGUACGACAAGACGGCUCUUUUGACCGGAGGUCACUUCAAGGACGCCGACCCGACCAAGCGCGAAGAAGCGCACAGCGACGAAAGGCAUACCAGCAGCCACACAUUCUACAUCCACAACUCUGAGAGGAAGCUGAAGCUUGUCGCUAAGAACGAACGUAUGAUGGAGCAGUUCAUCACCUCUAUGCAAAAGAUGGCCACCGGCAACAUUUUCGGCGGCACCAAUCGUUUCGAGAGCUUCGCGCCCAUCCGACUUAACGUGUCGGCGCAGUGGCUCGCCGAUGGACGUGACUACUACUGGAACCUCAGCAAAGCGCUCAUGAUGGCCAAGGAUCGCGUUUUCAUUCACGAUUGGUGGCUCAGCCCCGAGCUCUACCUGCGCAGGCCUGGUCAUCCCAAAUGGAGGCUCGACAAUGUGCUCAAGAAGAAAGCAGAGGAAGGCGUCAAGAUCUUUGUCAUCAUCUACAACGAGGUCUCAAACAACUUUACGCCCACCGACUCGAACUACACCAAGCAGCGUCUCAUCGGCCUGCAUCGCAACAUCUUUGUCCAGCGCUCGCCUAGCCACUUCCAGACCGGCACGUUCUACUGGGCCCAUCACGAGAAGCUCUGCGUCAUCGACGAGACAAUUGCAUUCAUGGGCGGUCUCGAUCUGUGUUUCGGCCGUUACGAUACCCCCGCACACGUGCUUGUCGACGAUGCGCUCUUCCACAAGCGCGACGGCGAAUCCGAGGCUGACCAUGGCCUGUCCAGCAGACCUGGCUUCCUCGGCCCAGCAAAGGAUGGGCGAGAAGCGCACAUCUGGCCUGGUCAGGACUAUGCUAACGAGCGUGUCAUGGAAUGGCACACUCUCAGCAAGCCGGCCGAGGACCUGUUCGCGCGUGACAAGUUCCCAAGGAUGCCUUGGCACGACGUAGGCCUGCAACUUGUGGGUCAGCCGGCUCGUGAUCUCUGUCGCCAUUUCAUCCAGCGAUGGAACUUUUUGCUGCGCAUCAAGAAUCACACGCGCCAGAUGCCGUUCCUCGUCCCUCCUCCGGACUUUACGCCGGAGGAGCUGCAGAAGUACGGUCUCACAGGCACGUGUGAGGUCCAGAUCUGCCGAUCUGCCGGUCCCUGGAGUCUGGGUACCGCCAACAAGGUGGAACACUCGAUUCAGAAUGCUUACCUCAAGUCGAUCCAGAUGAGCGACCACUUUGUAUACAUCGAAAACCAGUUCUUCGUGACCUCCACUGUCAUGGAAGGCAACAAGAUCGAGAACAAGAUCGGCGAGGCCCUCGUCAGCCGCAUCAUCCGCGCGCACCGGGAAGGCACACCCUGGCGCGCGAUCAUCGUCAUCCCUCUCAUCCCAGGUUUCCCCAUGCCGAUCGAUCAUCCAGAUGCGUCAUCGGUGCGACUCAUUGUGGAUCUGCAGAACAGAUCCAUUUCGAGAGGCGAGCACUCCAUCUUUGGCAAGCUGCGCAGGGAGGGCAUCGACCCGGAGCAGUAUAUCAGCUUCUUCUCACUGCGCACGUGGGGCAAGUUGCGCGGUGGUCAGCUCACGACAGAGCAGAUCUACCUGCACGACAAGAUCAUGGUUGUCGACGACCGUUUGGUCAUCAUUGGAUCGGCCAACAUCAACGAGCGCAGUCAGCGCGGCGAUCGCGACUCGGAGCUCGCUUCGGUGAUCCGCGACCACGACAUGAUCGACAGCUCCAUGGGAGGUCAGCCUUACAAGGUGGGACGAUUCGCGCAUACGCUGCGUAUGCGGCUCAUGCGAGAGCAUCUCGGAGUCGAUGUCGAUGAGCUCGAGGCCAACGAGCGAAAAGGUGCCGCAAACGGUGACGAGGACUCUGCGUCAGAGGAGUCAUCCGACGAAGAGGACGCUGAACUGGCCGGUUCGGACGACGAGUGGGAUCCUGAUCGCGAACAGAGCCACGGCGGACUCAAGAGGCACGGCGAUACGGAGACCUCGCCAUCGGAUCUGGUGGAAGUGCAAGCCACCAAGGACGUUGUGAGAGACAAGGCAUCCAACUUGGCCGAACUCGGCAGUGGUACCACGUCGACAAUGCGCCGACAGAUCAAAGACACGCUCAAGGGAAGUAAGGAGAAGAUGGAGGUGGAGGCAGAGGGAGCCCGGGCGGAUCCCGCUUCGUCCGAGUCGGCCAACCACAACGAGAGGUACCAGAAAGCUCGCGUCGAGCGAGUCGACCAAGCGCUGCGGGGUCAAGAGACCGACAAGUUUGUCGAUGGACAGUACGACAACAGCAUGGAGCCGACGUUGGAAGAGAAGCUGCUGGUGCAAGAUGGACAUGCCGUCAAUGGCAAGUCGCGCCACUCUGCUGAAAACGACGCGAAGAAGGCGACGGCGCACGGGCAGCAACGAGCUCCGGCAGACCAUCGCCAACUUCUUGGCUCGCUCAGCUCAUCGAGUCUGGGUCCAGAGAGGGAGUCGGAUAUGCUGCGACGCUCGGGACAGCGAGGACGCUUCCUGAGCGAUGGCGGUCCGGAAGAUGUGCGUCGCAAGAUUGCGAGCCGUAUGUCGAACGACUUGUUCAACCUGCCGGCGGGCACAUUGGAGAUCGAUCCGAUGCGAUUCCAGGAUCCGGUGGACGACUCGUUCUACGUCGACUACUGGCUGACGUGCGCCGUGCACAACACGCAGAUCUUCCGCAAGGUGUUCAAGUGCGUGCCCGAUGACACGGUGACGACGUGGGCCGAGUACAAGGCGUUCGGCGCAUGGUCGGAUCGGUUGGCUCGCUCGGGCAAGUUUGGUGCCAAGGAAUCUCGUUCGGAACGGGACGCACAGGCGCACAGCGCUCCCGGCGCCAGCGUAGGUGGACCGGCCGGCCAGGUCAGCACGAGGACCUCAACAUCAGACGCCAAGCACGACGACUCCUCGUCGCAGGUGCCUUCCACCCUGAGAGACGCGCCUUCGCCUGGACAGGGUUCUGCGCAGAACGGAUCGACUGCCCUCAACGGUGGUACUGCACCCAAGGAUCACAAGAAGGAGGUGGAAGGCUUCUCAGAACGAGAGCUCGACCAGAUGGAGUCGCUGCUCGAGGAGUGCAGGGGAUCGCUGGUGCUGCACCCGACGCGCUUCUUGGAGGCGGAAGACCAUUCGAACAACUUUUUGUUCGCCAUGGAUCGGAUCAACCCGCUGUUGAUUUACGAUUGA